AUGGCAGACAUCAGCGAGCUUGCAGCAGCCUCUCUUUUCAAUACCAAAGGAUGGGUAGCUGUUGUCACAGGUGGUGGUACCGGAUUAGGCCUGAUUACCGCUCGAAGUCUUGCCGCAAAUGGAGUGAAAGUGUACAUCACAGGUCGAAGGGUGGAAAAGCUGAAGGAAGCCGAGUUGACCGAUAAAGCGAGCGGUGGCUCUAUCAUUGGGUUCCAGAUGGAUUGUACCGACAAGCAAAGCAUCGAAGCUGGCGUUAAGACAAUUGCAGAGAAGGAGAAAUGCGUCAAUCUGCUUGUCAACAACGCAGGCAUCACAUCUGUCAAUUAUGGCAAGGGCGGCCUACCUACAGGCAGUGUCGAGGACAUUAGCAAAGAGAUGAUGAGCAACCAAACCUUCGACGACUGGCUAAGUGUCUACAAGAUCAACGUGGCAAGCUACUACUUCACUUCAGCAGCAUUCCUACCUCUGCUUUGUGCUGCCCGUGAUCAUGGUUAUGCGGAAGCUGGGUCAAUCUUGAACAUCUCUUCGAUCUCUGGCAUCACCAAAGAAAGCCAAAACGGCCAGUUCUCUUACAACGCGUCGAAGGCCGGAACCAUCAGCGUAACAGAACAGCUCGCUGUCGACUUCAAGCGACCUGGUAUCGAGGUUCGUGUCAACACGCUCGCACCGGGAUACUUCCCCUCUGAAAUGACGCCAAUCGCGAAUGAUGACGGCCAGGCUAAGGAACACUUCCGAAGACAUGAUGGGUGGGGUAUUCCGUUUGGUCGAGCUGGUCAUGCACGAGACUAUGCGCAGGCUGUGCUCAACUUUGCUUGCAAUGGAUAUGUUACUGGGUCGACAUUGGUGAUCGAUGGAGGCUGGUUGUUGGCGCAUGCUUGAUAGGAUGCAGGAGUAUUUAAAGUCGGCGGUGAAGCUAUGAAGUAGCGUUCAUGUUUGCCAUAAACCAG